GAAGAGGUAUGCCCAUAAGGGGUAUAUGGGAUGAUUUUCAUGUGUCAGAAAUAAUAAUAAUAUAAAUGUGCUAAGCGUAUGCUAACGCUUUUACAGCUGCUUUUACUUGGGAACUGUUCGCUCGGACUAGCUUUUGUCACUCACGGCCCUUCUGCAUGCCACCCGUCUCUCCAUAAUAAGUCUCGCUCUCUUCCACCUUUCUUUCCUUGCUCCUGGCCAUCCAGCGCUUAUCCUUCCUUCCUCUUCCCUCCACCAUCCCUGCCACCUCUCAAGUCUGUAUUCUCCUUACGCUGGUCUUCCUAUUUACUCCUGUACUCCCUUUUCCCCAUAAUCGCACACCCAUACCUUCAUCGCAACUGUACUCUUCUGCUUUAAUUCGCCAUGGAUCCCUACGCUCGCUCUCGUGAGACCUCCUCUUCUAUCUUGCAGCCCAUCUCUUUCGUGUCCCAUACUCAUUCCCCCGCGGAUCCUCGCUUUCCUCAAUCGGCAUCAGACUCCUCUCCUGACCAGGACAAGCCCGAGACCACCACCAUCGCGUUCAUGAAGGGUCCAAAACGCAAGAGGCUUGCAAAGGCAUGCGAUGCGUGUCACAAGAGCAAACGGCGCUGUGACGGUACAGCUCCUUGCAGCAACUGCUACUUUGCUUCUAAGAAGUGUACGUACACAGAUGCUUCUGGUCGACCAGUUCCUGCCCCUAGACCUUUUAAGACGGAGAGGCCGGAUAUUCCGUCGGAAACCCGUCCAACGUCUUACAUCAACUAUUCCGAAUCUUUCCAGUCUGGACAACAAACAUUUACUAUCCCUUCUAUCCAGAAAGGGGAUUCCUCUUCAUCUCAUUCCGACGAUGAUCUUGCGUCUUCACGGAAGCGAUUCAGGGCCGAAACUGGCAAAAAUAGUUUGUCCGCAGACACCAUCCCUCGGAGCAUUGGCGUCGUUGACCGUUCCUCCGGACUUAACCCCUCUCUCACAAGGGAACUUGUCAACCUAUUUUUCACUCAUCGUCAUCCUCAUCGGAUGAUAAUUCACAAGCCGUCUUUCUCCGCUGCACUAAGCCAUAACCGCGUCCCGUCAUAUCUUUUGCAUGCUAUUUGUGCUCUUGCCGCUCCGAUGUCAAAGCAGCCGCGCAUUCGGACUUUUCCUCCUCGUUUAGCUGGUCAACAGUUCGCCGAAGAUGCUGCUUCAAUAAUGUUCGAUAGUUCUGGCCGCCUGGUUUGCGAGCCCAGCCUAGCGACCGCACAAGCUUUGUGUCUCUUGCAAAUUCAUGAGUCAAUUUCUAAGCCGUCAUGGAAUACACGAUACCACGACCUCACAAUGCAGGUCCUGGAAACGCUUGGAGUCCAUAAAUCGGACAAUCCAGUUUUAACCCCGGUUCCUUCAGUAGAGUUCAUCCAUAACUCCAUUGAACGUGAAUGCGUUCGACGCGUGUUUUGGCUUGUACAUUUUACGGACCUGAUGUCGUCCGUUCUUUAUAAGCGCCAGAUAUCGCCCAAGGAGAGCGAACUCAUGCUCAGGCUGCCGGUUGACGAGACGAGCUUCGAAUUAGCGGUUCAUUCUACUUUACCAGAAUAUUUAUACCUUCCUGCUCCUACUACGCAAUAUGCUUCCGAAUUUGGCCACCUCAUCCGUGUUUUCUCCAUUCACGCAAAGAUUGAAACUACGAUGGACAUCUUCAACAACCCCGAUUCUGGCGCACACCCAGUUGCCACUUUGAUGCAAUCCGAGGCGGCACUUAAGUCAUGGGCUGCAAGCCUUCCCGAUCAUCUCAGCUAUUCUGACGAGAAUGUACAAAUUCAGAUGUCUAUGUUUGAGACCAGUUCUAAUACUGGCGCAUGGUGCUUCUGCUUCAUGCAUAUCAUCCACUCUUCUUGUGUUCUCGCUUUGAAUCAGGCCAGACAAAGAUGCCGAACCGCUAUGCCGGGUGGGCCAACAUGGGCGCUUGAAAGAAUGGAUACCAUUAUGGCUGCUUUGGGUGGGAGAGCAAAGAACAGCCUUAUAUUGGCCGCGGCAGUUUGGCCUUUGAUCAAAUACUGCUAUAGUGAUCAUCCUCGUGUACGGUCUUGGGCGGAUGAAUUUGAAGAAGUAUGGGGCGUCAGGAUUCAAGAUCUAUGUACGCCAGCACCUCAAAUGCGCCCACCCACGUCGACACGCCUUCACUCGGGCCCCACGACGAUGCCUAUUGAUAGAGCGCCACAACAACGAGAGAGCGGUGAGAUGGGCCAUAUUGGUAACAAGAACGUGACCUUAUCACCGAGCUAUCCAUCGAUCGGCCGCCCUUUGAAUGAUCUACGUUUGCAUAAUCGGUCAAGUAACGAUGGGAGAGGACCGUCCGGUGGAAAUGUUGAAACCCGAGAGAGUGAACAAAGAAGGCUAGUGAAGGACACCGAUAUAGACCCGGUGCUCCAAGGCACACCCAACCCGCGUGUACACAUCAGUGUCGAGGGUCCUCCUUCUUUACCCUCGCUCAAAGCAAGUGGACUGCUCGAUUCGUGGAGCGCCCCUAGUCCCAAUGACGGCACCCCCUCCUCGUUCUCCGGCCCUUCCAGCUGGCCGGGUCCAUCCCAGCAUCUCGCUGUGCCACAGUCAUCUCGUACUCCCAAAGAUCCUUUACGUUCACCCUUAUUGUCUUCCCCUUCCGAGUUCAUCACUUCCUCCCCCCGCACAUUGACCACCGGCAUGCCGGUCGGUUUGAAAUGGCUGGCGAACGAGUCCACCGUUUUGAGGCAAAGCUAACUACCCCUUCCCUUUUCUAUUUUUUUUUGUACUCACUCCUUUACGGUGGACGGCUUGCUUGCAAGCUACAUGCUCCCCGUUUGCAUACUCGGCUAUAUAUGCCCAUCCUUGUUUCGUUCAUCCUUACUUAUUCACCUACGAAACUGUAGAGCAUUUAAUUGAAGUGGCUUGAAAGGAUAUUAUUUGUCUUCGUUACAAUCAGUGUAGUUUAUGCAUUCGCCAGAGUCCAUAGUUGAUCACCGAUUAAUUUAUGCGGUCUCUACUUUACGCAAAUUGCGGUGAAGUUCGGGUUUGACGAGCACCACUCGAUCGAUAAGUUUGGUAACUACCUGAUCCUUGUUCGCCUGGUACGCGCCAACGAUGGACUGCAGCUUCAAGUCUGUUUCUCUGUCAACUGCGCUUUGAGCCACAGAGGUGGUACCGGCGUGCUAAGGACGCGUCGAUAUGAUGGAGUGAUUCCAAAAAUAAUCCAAGUCAACAUACCGAGGACUCGAAGGCUUUGAACUCGGCAU